UACUUCUGGCACAUGGCUUUGUUUUGCUGAGUUAGCGCGCCUAAAUAUUUAUCGUUGAAAUUAACCAACUACUAUUUAAAUUUAUGCUAUGUUGGCGCCAAUAAAACACUUGUUGGGCAACUACCGCAUUGUCCUCGCCAGCGGUUCUCCCCGUCGGAAGGAACUAGUGCAAAUGGUGGGUCUCAAUGCAGAACUGUGUCCCUCCACAUUCAAGGAGGAUCUCAACCCGGCGGACUUUAAGGAUUUCACGGACUUUAUAGAGGCAACAGCAUUGGGCAAGGCGGAUGAGGUGUUCAGCCGCUUGAGCACCGCUGGCGAUGACAAGAAACUGAUUGUGAUAGCUGCAGAUACGAUGGUCACAUUGGGAAAUGAGAUUUACGGCAAGCCAGUGGAUUCCGCCGAUGCAGUUCGCAUGUUGACCAAUCUCUCCGGUAAAUGCAAUCGCGUCUUUACGGGCGUUGUGCUUAAGCACGCAAACGGCGUGCGUCAAUUUACGGAUACCGCCGACGUUUACUUUGGCCAGCUGACAGCGGAGCAAAUCCAAAGCUACGUGGACAGCGGUGAUCCACUCGACAAGGCGGGAGCCUAUGGAGUACGAGGACCCGGAGGCGCGAUGAUUCCUCGCAUCGAUGGCGACUUUUACGCUGUGAUGGGUCUGCCUCUGCAUCGUCUAUGCUGCGAACUAAACAAGCUCUUUCUAGAGGAUCUUAAAUAGCCAUUAAAGUGAAUAACGGCCAAUAUUUCUUGUCAGUCGCGCGCUUAUCACAAUCCGAACAUUUCUAAUCUGUUGGCGACUUCGCUUCAACGUCAGAGGCUACACCUAAAGUGCUGCUAGUCUGUGCUGAUAACGCAGUCUAUUUGUAUUUGUAUUUGUUUGUUUUUGUUUGCCUACAGACUAAGUCAAGAAAACAAAUUAAAAAAUUGGUCAAUAGAAGUCAAAUAGCUGUAUCGUUUUCAGAAAAUUAAGAAAAAAAAUAAUGCAACUGAAUUUAAAUGUA